AUCCCGGCGCAAUGGAGUUCUCCGGAGGGCUGCGCUCCAGCCGCCGCGGCUAACUUCGCAGCCCUCCCCGCCGCGGGCCAGCCCGGCCGGGCCCUGCAGCCGCCGAGCCGUGGGCGUCCGGAGCCCCGCGCCGCAGCCCGGACCCGCCCGGCGCGCAGCGGGAGCAGCGGGAGCAGCGCGCCCCGGCGCCGGGCGCCUCUUGGAGAGCAGAGGCAGCGCCGAGACGCUGAGCGGAGCCGCUGCCCAGAAGCCGAGCCGGGAAGGGGCUGCGUGGCCCGGAGCGCCGCGGCUGCUGCGGACACCGCCGCGCGGGGCGGCGGGCGGGCGGGGGCGCGCCGGGGCGCCGGGGUCUGCGGCGACCUCGCGGGCGCCCUUUGCCCCGGGGCGCACCAUGACCUGACGGGCCGGGGCCUCCUGCCCUGGGCUCCCGCCGGCGGGCGGCGGGGCAGCGCGGGGCUCGCGGCCGCGCGGCGACCAGGCCGCCCGCGGGUCUCCGGAGCCCCCUCCCCGCGCCGCCUCCCUCCCCGGGCCGCGCGCCUCCCCGCCUGCGGCCGGGCGCCAUGGAGCUCUCCGAGGUGCGCUGCCUGAGCGGCGGCGAGGAACUCUACACCAUCCACCCGACGCCCCCGGCGGGCGCCGGCGGGCGCGGCUCGCGGCCCCAGCGGCUGCUCUGGCAGACCGCCGUGCGCCACAUCACCGAGCAGCGCUUCUUGCACGGGCCCCGGGGCGGCGGCGGCGCGGGCGGCGGCGCGGGCAAAGCCUCGGAGCCCGCGGGCGGCGGCCCCAACCACCCCGCGCCGCGCUUGUCGGGCGACCCGGCGCUGCCCCUGUACGCGCUGGGCCCCGGGGAGCGGGCGCACGCCGCCGGCGGCACCAAAGUCUUCCCGGAGCGCAGCGGCAGCGGCAGCGCGGGCGGGGGCGACCUGGGCUUCCUGCACCUCGACUGCGCCCCCAGCAACUCGGAUUUCUUCCUCAGCGGGGGCUACAGCUACCGAGGGGUCAUCUUCCCCACGCUGCGCAACUCCUUCAAGUCCCGGGACCUGGAGCGCCUCUACCAGCGCUAUUUCCUGGGCCAGAGGCGCAAAUCCGAGGUGGUGAUGAACGUGCUGGAUGUGCUGACCAAACUCACCCUCCUGGUUCUGCACCUGAGCCUGGCCUCCGCCCCGAUGGACCCGCUCAAGGGCAUCCUGCUGGGCUUCUUCACCGGCAUCGAGGUGGUGAUCUGCGCCCUGGUGGUGGUCAGGAAGGACACCACCUCGCACACGUACCUGCAGUACAGUGGCGUGGUCACCUGGGUGGCCAUGACCACCCAGAUCUUGGCAGCGGGCCUCGGCUACGGCCUCCUGGGAGACGGCAUCGGCAUCGGCUACGUGCUCUUCACGCUCUUCGCCACCUACAGCAUGCUGCCCCUGCCGCUCACCUGGGCCAUCCUGGCUGGCCUGGGCACCUCGCUGCUGCAGGUGGUCCUCCAAGUGCUCAUCCCCCGCUUGGCGGUCAUUUCCAUCAACCAGGUUGUGGCCCAGGCCGUGUUGUUCAUGUGUAUGAACACAGCUGGGAUCUUCAUCAGCUACCUGUCCGACCGGGCCCAGCGCCAAGCCUUCCUGGAGACGCGGAGGUGCGUGGAGGCCAGGCUGAGACUAGAGACGGAAAACCAAAGACAGGAGCGCCUUGUGCUGUCUGUGCUCCCCCGUUUCGUCGUCCUGGAAAUGAUCAAUGACAUGACCAAUGUGGAAGAUGAGCACCUGCAGCACCAGUUCCAUCGGAUCUACAUCCACCGCUAUGAGAAUGUCAGUAUUCUUUUUGCAGAUGUGAAAGGCUUUACCAACCUCUCCACGACCUUGUCUGCUCAGGAGCUGGUCAGGAUGCUCAACGAGCUCUUUGCCAGAUUUGAUCGACUGGCCCAUGAGCAUCACUGCCUUCGCAUUAAAAUCCUGGGGGACUGCUACUACUGCGUGUCUGGGCUUCCCGAGCCCCGCCAGGACCAUGCCCACUGCUGCGUAGAAAUGGGCCUCAGCAUGAUCAAAACCAUCAGGUAUGUGCGGUCAAGGACAAAGCAUGAUGUUGACAUGCGGAUCGGCAUCCACUCGGGCUCAGUGCUGUGUGGCGUGUUGGGCUUGCGGAAGUGGCAGUUUGAUGUCUGGUCUUGGGACGUGGACAUUGCAAACAAACUGGAAUCUGGAGGAAUCCCUGGGAGAAUUCACAUUUCUAAAGCUACACUGGACUGCCUCAAUGGUGACUAUAAUGUGGAAGAAGGUCAUGGUAAAGAGAGGAACGAAUUCUUGAGGAAGCAUAAUAUAGAGACCUACUUAAUUAAGCAGCCUGAGGAGAGUCUGCUGUCCUUGCCUGAAGACAUUGUCAAGGAGUCUGUGAGCUCUUCUGACAGGAGAAACAGUGGGGCCACAUUCACAGAAGGAUCCUGGAGUCCUGAACUGCCAUUCGAUAACAUCGUGGGGAAACAGAAUACUCUGGCUGCCCUAACAAGAAAUUCAAUAAAUCUACUUCCAAACCAUCUUGCACAAGCUUUGCAUGUCCAGUCUGGGCCUGAGGAAAUUAACAAGAGAAUAGAACAUACCAUCGACUUGCGGAGUGGCGAUAAAUUGAGAAGAGAGCAUAUCAAGCCUUUCUCACUGAUGUUUAAAGACUCCAGCCUGGAGCACAAGUAUUCUCAAAUGAGGGAUGAAGUAUUCAAGUCCAACUUGGUCUGUGCGUUUAUCGUUCUUCUGUUUAUCACGGCAAUACAAAGUUUGCUUCCUUCUUCAAGGCUGAUGCCAGUGGCCAUCCAGUUUUCCAUCCUGAUUAUGUUGCACUCGGCGCUGGUCCUCAUCACCACAGCAGAGGAUUACAAGUGUUUGCCCCUCGUCCUCCGGAAAACUUGCUGUUGGAUUAACGAGACCUAUUUGGCGCGGAACGUCAUCAUCUUUGCAUCCAUCUUGAUUAAUUUCCUGGGCGCCAUCCUAAAUAUCCUGUGGUGUGAUUUUGACAAGUCGAUACCCUUGAAGAACCUGACUUUCAAUUCCUCAGCUGUGUUUACAGAUAUCUGCUCCUACCCAGAGUACUUUGUCUUCACGGGGGUGCUGGCCAUGGUGACCUGCGCCGUGUUCUUGCGCUUGAACUCUGUCCUCAAGCUGGCCGUGCUGCUGAUUAUGAUCGCCAUCUACGCGCUGCUGACCGAGACCCUCUAUGCCGGCCUCUUCCUGCGCUACGACAACCUGAACCACAGUGGAGAAGAUUUCCUGGGGACCAAGGAGGCGUCGCUGCUGCUGAUGGCCAUGUUUCUCCUUGCUGUGUUCUACCAUGGACAGCAGCUGGAGUACACAGCCCGCCUGGACUUCCUUUGGCGCGUACAGGCCAAGGAGGAGAUCAAUGAGAUGAAGGAGCUGCGGGAACACAACGAGAACAUGCUCCGGAACAUCCUUCCCAGCCACGUGGCGCGCCACUUCCUGGAGAAAGACCGGGACAAUGAGGAGCUGUACUCUCAGUCCUACGAUGCUGUUGGGGUGAUGUUCGCCUCCAUCCCAGGCUUUGCAGACUUUUACUCUCAGACUGAAAUGAACAACCAAGGAGUGGAGUGCCUGCGCCUGCUGAAUGAGAUCAUUGCUGACUUCGACGAGCUGCUCGGUGAGGACCGAUUUCAAGAUAUUGAAAAGAUCAAGACCAUCGGCAGCACCUACAUGGCCGUGUCCGGCCUGUCCCCUGAAAAGCAGCAAUGCGAGGACAAGUGGGAGCACCUGUGUGCCUUGGCCGACUUCUCCCUCGCCCUGACCGAGAGCAUCCAGGAGAUCAACAAGCACUCCUUCAACAACUUCGAACUCCGCAUCGGCAUCAGCCACGGCUCGGUGGUAGCUGGCGUUAUCGGGGCUAAAAAGCCACAGUACGACAUCUGGGGCAAGACCGUGAACCUGGCGAGCCGGAUGGACAGCACGGGGGUGAGCGGCAGGAUCCAAGUGCCGGAGGAGACCUAUCUCAUCCUGAAGGACCAGGGCUUUGCCUUUGACUUCCGAGGGGAGAUCUACGUGAAGGGCAUCAGCGAACAAGAAGGGAAAAUCAAAACGUACUUUCUCCUGGGAAGAGUCCAGCCCAACCCGUUCAUCCUGCCGCCCAGAAGACUCCCCGGGCAGUACUCGCUGGCCGCGGUGGUCCUGGGCCUGGUCCAGUCCCUCAACAGGCAGCGGCAGAAGCAGCUGCUUAACGAGAACAACAACACUGGCAUCAUCAAAGGCCAUUACAACAGGCGGACUUUGUUGGCGCCCAGCGGGUCAGGGCCCGCAGCCCACUCCGAAGGCCCCGACAAGUCCGACUUGCCAUGAAAGCAUUUUCUUUGUGUUCCUUUUUUUUGUAUUUCUUUUAUAUAUAAAAUAAAUAUACUAAUAAAAGGUUUAAUUUUUUUUAGAACAA